CUGGGCCCAGGUAAGAGGAGCUGGGUUGGGAAGUGGCACACCGAGGGGGGACGCCAAGGGAGCAGGAUCGAAGCAUGGCCCCUGCCAGGAACGCAGGUGCCCGGGCAGUGAUCUGGACUACAGGUUGGCUGCUGCUGCCCAUACUGCUUCGAGAAGGAGCGCAGGCUCUGGAGUGCUACAGCUGCGUGCAGAAAGCAGAUGACGGGUGCUCGCCACAGAAGAUCAAGACCGUGAAGUGCGCGCCAGGACUGGAAGUCUGCACAGAGGCCGUGGGGGCGGUGGAGACCAUCCACGGACAAUUCUCGUUGGCAGUCCGCGGCUGCGGUUCGGGACUCCCGGGCAAGAAUGACCGCGGGCUGGACCUUGCCGGGCUUCUGGCCUUCAUCCAGCUGCAGCAAUGCUCGGAGGACCGCUGCAACGCCAAGCUCAACCUCAGCUCGCAAGCGCUCACCCCGGCAGGCAAUGAGAGUGCGAACGAGCCCAACGGCGCCGAGUGCUACAGCUGCGUGGGGCUGAGCCGCAAGGCGUGCCAGGGUACCAAACCGCCGGUCGUGAGCUGCUACAACGCCAGCGACCGCGCCUACAAGGGCUGUUUCGACGGCAACGUCACCCUGACUGCAGCCAACGUGACUGUAUCCCUGCCUGUCCGGGGCUGCGUCCAGGACGAGUUCUGCACCCGGGAUGCGGUGACAGGCCCGGGAUUCACGCUCAGCGGCUCCUGCUGCAAGGGGCCUCGCUGUAACGCAGACCUCCGCAACAAGACCUACUUCUCCCCGCGGAUCCCGCCGCUUGUCCUGCUGCCGGCUGCUCCGCCCACCACGCGGGCUCCAACCACCGCUGUCACAACUUCCACCCCGACCCCAACCACGACCGUCUCUGCCACCAAGCCCACUCUAGCCUCCACCAGCCAGACUCCUCCAAAAGAAGCAGAACCUGAGACCUUCCGGGAAGAGGGAUUUAGCUUGGCUGGAGGUGCUGUUAGUCACCAGGACCGCAGUAAUAAGGAGCAGUACCCCACAAAAAAUUGGGCCCAUAACAAAGGCUCUGAAGCUCCCUUGGCAGGCUUGAUGGGUCUUGUGUUGGCCGUGGCUGCUGGCACCCUGCUGUGAGCUUCUCCACCUGGAAAACUCCCUCUUGCCCUCCUUCCCUGGCCCUGGGUACCCACCUUCUCUUCCCUUUCCCACCACUGGACUGGGCUGGCCCAGUCCCAGUUUUUCCAUUUACCCCAGUACUGCUGGCUGCUGCUGCACUGGUUUGCGGCUUCGGGAAAUAAAGUUACCAUUGUAUAUA